CGCAUGACAAAACCUUUUCCCCCUUAGGAGAUUGAAAAGAUUUGGCAUGGGUCCCCAGAUCCUCAAAAGUUCUACAGCUGCACCACCGAGAGCAUCCUGAUCGUUUGCAUCACCGCCUGGUAUGGCAACUGCUCGGCAUCUGACCGUAAGGCGCUACAGAGGGUAGUGCGUACGGCCCAGUACAUCACUGGGGUCAAGCUUCCUGCCAUCCAGUGUUACUUUUUAUAAUUUUUUACUUUAGUUUAUUUGGUAAAUAUUUUCUUAACUCUUCCUGCACUGUUGGUUAAGGGCUUGUAAGUAAGCAUUUCAUGGUAAGGUCUACCCUUGUGACAAAUAGAGUUUGAUUUGAUUUGUUCCAAAUGUUUUGUACACUCAGUGUACAAACCCGGCUCCCCACUUCCAUCUUUAUAACCAUCCCCCUGCAAUAACAAACACAUUAAUCAAGGCUCUCAUGUUACAUCGUACACAAUAAAUCCCUAUCAAGCCUUUGCCCCCCCCUGGGGUCUCUCCCCACUUCCCCCUCCCUCCUGCCACAACAGAGGGGAAUGAGGGAGGGGGGGGGCAUCAGGGGGGCAUCAGGGGGGAGUCAGGGCCGAUCCCCUCCCCCUGGGUCUUUUAAUAGACCUGGCUGGAGUUAGAGCAGCAGCUGCCGGAGUGUGUCUGCACCACCUCUCCCCUGUCCCUGUCUGUCCCCUUAUCCUGAUUUCUCUCUCUCUCUCUCUCUCUUUCUCUCUCUCUCUCGUUCCCUCUCUCGUUCCCUCUCAUUCCUUCUCUCUCUCUCUCUCUACUACCCCUCCUCUCUCUUUCUCUCAACCCCACUCCUCAUCUCUCUCUCUUUCUCUCUGCUAGCCCCUUCCUCUAUCUCUCCGGAACUCUCCUGUCCUCUUUCCCCUAUCUCUGCUUCAACCCCCAAACCCUUACCACCUCCCCUUCUCACACACACUCAACUGCACACCUCACAAUCACACACACCUCACACACAGGACUACCAUUCCCGGACCAGUCACCAUGGCCGACAAGAAGGGCGCUGCUGCCAGCAGCAAACUGUUGGUGAGGAAGAAAGAGAGGACGACAAAGACAGCGGUGACUGUGGAGGUCAAGAAAGAGGUCAAGAAAGAGGUGAAGACGGAGAUGAAGAUGGAGAUGAAGAGGGAGGUGAAGAGGGAGGUGAAGUCAAGUUUAGUGAAGAAGGAGGAGAAGGUCCUGGCAGUGGGGGAGAAAGUGGAGGGGAAUGGAGAUGUCCCAAUGGAAGAGGGAGCCACAGCUAACGAAGACGUGGCUAACGGGGAAGCGGCGGUGGCUAAAGCUAACGGAGCAAAUGGGGAGUACGAACCCAUUGAGCUGCCCCCCUGGGAGAUCAUCGAAGGGGACCGCAUCGACCCGUUCCAAUUCAAGUUCCAGUUCAAGAACGUGGAGUACUCGUCAGGUCGUAACAAGACGUUCCUGUGUUACCUGGUGGACAAAGGGAAGGCGGAUGCCGGUCUGAUGAGAGGUUACCUGGAGGAUGAACACUCAGGAGCCCACGCUGAGCAGGCCUUCUUCCUCCAGACUCUCCCAGACUACGACCCUGCUGUCAAAUACACUAUCACCUGGUACAUGUCAUCCAGUCCCUGUGCGGUCUGUGCAGCUAAGAUCGCAGAGGCCCUUCAGGCCAGGAAGAGCAUCAAGAUGACUCUCUUCUCAGCCCGGCUGUUUGAGUGGGAGGAUCAAGACAUCCAGGCGGGGCUGAAUGCUCUGUCUCAAGCAGGGUGCAAGCUGAGGAUGAUGAAACCCAUGGACUUCACCUAUGUCUGGGACACUUUUGUGGAGAAUGACGACCUAACGUUCACCCCCUGGGAGGACUGCCAGGACAACUACGAGUACUACCACGAGAAACUGGCAGACAUCAUGCAGUGACUACAGAAUGUUGUCAGCCCAGAAUUAUCCCAUCACCUGCCACCUCCACUAUCUAAGGUCCUCAGUGAUGUGCACAGGACUCAACCAAUCAGAGGGCGCUUUGUGUGCUUGUGCGUCAAGCCGUCCUGCUGUGUUUGUUUGCCUUUAUGAAGCCAGUUCCAGACCACCUCCUCCACAUGGAACUCUAUGUCCCAGCUUCCACUCUCUAUUCUGGGGUUGUCCUCACAAGACACAUGGAUCUGUGGAUCAAUCCUCAACCUCAAGAUAACAGAUUUGCAAUUAUGUACUAUUGGUUAUAAUUCAAGUAUAAAAAGUUAUUUUAUUACAAUUUAAGUUAUAAUUCAUCCUUCUCCUUCUGUCCUGAAAGGACGUUUCAUAACUGCACCAAUGUUGCCUCUGUCAUCCAGAGGACUAGAAUGAUAUUCUAUGCAUGAAUAUUCAUAUAGAUAUUGUUAAUGACAAUACCCCAAACUGUUAAGUUCUAGAGAAUUAACAGAUAUGUUUGUUAUUGUUAUUAGGACUAAUUCAACAUUUGUGAGUUAUGAGAUACGUUCAAUAUCUUUUACACAUUUUAAUGGAGAAAAAGAUAAACAUGAAUGUUACCUGGUGUUCGUUUUAAAUAGUGAUUGAAUGAUCCAACAUUUCUUAAAGAAAGAACGAAUAGAGAUUGUAGCGUCGCAUGAGCACACGAUUUCAACUUCAAGAUUAUAUCGAUCUGCCUGUAGAAAUUUAAGCAAAGUACAUUAUUUAUACACAGUGAAAAUAAAGAAGUGUGGAGUUAAGUGGUAUCUUUUUCUCAUUUUUAAGUCAUUGUUAGCACAAAGAGAACUGACCAUUUGGAUUUGAAAUAAAUGUGGUUGACCCCUU